AUGGCUAUCCCGUCCGCUUUCGAUGCGCUGAAAUCGCAUCUGACCAAGGUCCAGGAGGAUCCGUCAACAUUCUUGGACGUCACCCUCAUCGAUCGGUUGAAAGUACAGCUCCUUGAAUCUACCGACCCUGUUGUCCCCGCCACUCUCUUAUCGCAGAUAUCAGCACUUUUACCCGUGCUACAAGAGGACCCUGAGCCACUCACUACCCUCGCCAUUAAAGCUACAAAUUACUUCAGCUUCACAGACCUUCGCGCCGUCGAUCCUCCGAUCAACCUAGUCGCUGGCUUCAAAGCUCCAUCCCCGCCUAUCAACCUUCUUGCUCUGUCGUUGCUGGCCAAAGCAGGCCAGGCUUCUAGUGACGCAGCCAUUGUCGCGGGGGAUUCGGAACUGGUCGCUGCCCUCGUGGAGCUAUGGCUGUCUACCUCCUCGACAGCAGUUGCACAGGCGGCUCUCGAUGCACUGUGGGCCUUGCUAGAAGUUGACCUGGCUAGUCCCCUCGAAAAAGGCGAAUAUGAACAAACAAGCGAAGAUGGACACGCUGGGCAGGGACUCAUGUGGAGGAGGCUGUUCACGGAUAAGGAUGUUUAUGGAAUUCUAUUUGGUCUUUGCAGUCUCCAGAAUGGUGCGCCAGGCGAAUUGUCCAAGCGCGAACGGACGGUGGCCCAAGGAAGGCUGAUGGUAUUUCUGGUGAAGGCAGGCCGCUUACGCUGGGAUAUUAUCUCUAAAUCUCACGUUUCUGAGAUUGAGACGGAGUAUCAAAGCAAGAGUCUGCUGCAUUUCGCCGCCUGCCGGAUGGUCGAUCAAAGCGAUGUAUUGAUGCACAUGACGCUUCUAGGUUUCUUCCGAGAUGUGUUGGAAAUCGACGCGCCCGGCCUUGCUGCUCGAAGCUCCGUGCAGUCUACAUCGACCUUCUCAUCUCCUGCUCUCGACUUCCUCAUUUCGGAAAAUCUGCACUCGAACGUUCUUGAAUAUUAUCUCAAUGAGUCCAAACUCGACUCUGUGGACCUCGUCUAUCUUUCAGGUCCAAUUAUGGCUUAUAUGGCAAAAUAUGCCGAGGCAUACCCCAACCACUUCCUCCAGAGCUCUCCCACGGUGCUUGAGGGAGUUAUCUCGCGCAUCUCGCGUGCACUUGCUAUCCCCUCGAUCCAAUGGGCACAUGGAGAGGUCCCCACUGGACAUCUGACAAUUUUGGCCUCCCUACCACGCGUCCUCCUCAUUGAAGCUGGUAAGAAUGGGUCUAAUCCCCUUCUGAGCAUCCCCACAAAUCCCCCGAAUGAAGACGCCCUGAAUACCCUGGGCAGGGUUUUCCAUGGACCAGCUCGGACACAUGUCUCCGAUUCAAUGGACCUGGACAGCUCCGGCCAAACUCCAACAGACUGGCACCACGAAGCGGCAGCGGCACGCAUGCUCUAUUUCCAAUAUCUUAAUAGCCACUCUACUUUCUGGACCGAUGUCGUUGCUGCCGCAGACCUUCUAGCAAUGAAGGAGGUCGCCUUGGCAGCGCUGAACUUCAUUAGAGCCAUCGUUAUGGCAAAGUGGCAGCCGUUACCGCCAGCUUCGCAUGUUUCUCACACGUCAUCUCGAUUUCAGCUGCCAUCUGAAGAGAGUUUAGGUCAACUUUCCCCAGCUAUGAAUGGCCUACUCCCUCUCUCUGGUCCAUGGGCUGUCCUCACUCCGCCGGCUCUCACGACCCUUCUGCCUUAUCUGUUCAAGCCGCCACGGUCAUACUCGGAGUUUGUGAGUGGUGGUGCAGGAGAUACCCAGAGCAUUGUCUGGAAGGUAGCCACUGCGAAAUAUGAUGUUCUUGAGCUUCUCAGUCAUCGACUUCAACAAAUUGGGGGCCAAAUGGAAGGACUCGAGGACAUUUUACGAACUCUGCAACAACGGGUCGAUGAUGGCCCUUGGGGGCCUGUACAACCAAGGAAUGCUGAGAUCGAGGCGGUUGGGUUUUAA